CAACAACAACUGGAGCAACAACAACAACAGCAACAACUACCCUGCACAUUUAGCUGCCACAGUCAGCUGCAAACAUGGGCAACAAAUGCUGCAGCAAGCGUCAGGAUCAGGAGCUGGCGCUGGCCUAUCCGACGGGCGGCUACAAGAAAUCCGACUACACCUUCGGCCAGACGCACAUAAAUAGCAACAGCAGCGUCGGCGCCGGCGUUGUUGCCGCACUCGGCCAGAAGCACAACAAUGGCGGCUCAUUGGACUCCAGAUAUACGCCCGAUCCGAAUCGGGGACCGCUCAAAAUUGGCGCCAAGGGCGGCGUGGACAUCAUACGAACGCGCACCACGCCAACAGCCGGCGUGCCUGGUGGCCUGCCGAAACGACGCGUCGUUGUCGCUCUCUACGAUUACAAAUCGCGCGAUGAAUCCGACUUGAGCUUUACAAAGGGCGACCGCAUGGAGGUCGUCGAUGACACCGAAUCGGAUUGGUGGCGCGUCGUUAAUCUGACCACGCGCCAGCAGGGCCUGAUACCGCUCAACUUUGUCGCCGAGGAGCGCAGCGUCAACAGCGAGGACUGGUUCUUUGAGAAUGUGCUACGUAAGGAGGCGGACAAGCUGCUGCUGGCCGAGGAGAAUCCGCGCGGCACAUUUCUGGUGCGCCCCUCGGAGCAUAAUCCCAAUGGCUAUUCGCUGUCCGUCAAGGACUGGGAGGACGGACGCGGUUAUCAUGUGAAGCACUAUCGCAUCAAGCCUCUGGACAAUGGCGGCUUCUACAUAGCCACAAAUCAAACUUUUGCCUCGCUUCAGGCCCUCGUCAUGGCCUACAGCAAAAACGCGCUCGGCCUGUGUCACAUACUGUCGCGUCCCUGCCCCAAACCGCAGCCACAGAUGUGGGAUCUUGGCCCGGAGCUGCGCGACAAAUAUGAAAUACCACGCUCUGAGAUUCAGCUGCUGCGCAAACUGGGACGCGGCAACUUCGGUGAGGUGUUCUACGGCAAGUGGCGCAACAGCAUCGAUGUGGCGGUCAAAACGCUGCGCGAGGGCACAAUGUCGACGGCUGCGUUCCUCCAGGAGGCGGCCAUCAUGAAGAAGUUUCGACACAAUCGCCUCGUGGCACUUUAUGCCGUCUGCUCGCAGGAGGAGCCCAUUUAUAUUGUGCAGGAGUACAUGUCGAAUGGCAGCCUUUUGGACUUUUUGCGCGAAGGCGAGGGACGUUAUCUGCACUUCGAGGAUCUCAUCUAUAUUGCCACACAGGUGGCCAGCGGCAUGGAGUAUCUGGAGUCCAAGCAGCUCAUCCAUCGCGAUUUGGCGGCGCGCAAUGUGCUCAUCGGCGAGAAUAAUGUGGCAAAGAUUUGUGAUUUCGGUUUGGCGCGCGUCAUUGCCGACGAUGAGUAUUGUCCCAAGCAGGGUUCUCGGUUCCCCGUCAAAUGGACAGCGCCCGAGGCCAUCAUCUAUGGCAAGUUUAGCAUCAAGUCGGAUGUCUGGUCAUAUGGCAUAUUGCUGAUGGAGCUUUUUACGUACGGACAAGUGCCCUAUCCGGGCAUGCAUAGUCGGGAGGUGAUUGAGAAUAUCGAGCGCGGUUUUCGCAUGCCAAAGCCAACGAUUCAUUAUUUCCCCGACAAUAUCUAUCAUCUGCUGCUACAAUGCUGGGAUGCAGUGCCCGAGAAGCGGCCCACAUUUGAGUUCUUAAAUCAUUACUUUGAGUCGUUCUCGGUGACGUCGGAGGUGCCGUAUCGGGAGGUUCAGGAUUAAGCGGCAGCGGAGGAGUCGUCACAAUACCCACACACACAAUACAAAACACAACACAACACAACACAUCUAUAAAUAUAUAUAUUUAUAACGUUAUCUAUAUGUAACGUAAACAUUUAUACAUAUUUACUAUAAUUCUUAAGACUUUUAAAUGGCAAGGCAUACAACAACAGCAACAACAAGUAUAACAUUAA